UGGACAUAAACGAAUUCAUACCGGUGAAAAACCGUUUUCAUGUGAAAUGUGUGAUAAAUCAUUUACUCAAAAAAACAGUUUAAUUUAUCAUGAACGAAUUCAUGCUGGUGAAAAACCGUUUUCAUGUGAAAUAUGUGAUAAAAGAUUUAUGUUGAAAAGUAUUUUAAUUCAACAUAAACAAAGUCAUACUGGUGAAAAACCAUUUUCAUGUGAAAUGUGUGAUAAAAAAUUUACGGUGAAAAGUCAUUUAAUUCAACAUGAACGAAUGCAUACUGGUGAAAAACCAUUUUCAUGUGAAUUAUGUGAUAAAACAUUUUCGCAGAAAGGUAGUUUAAAUGUACAUAAACGAAUUCAUACCGGUGAAAAACGUUUUUCAUGUGAAAUGUGUGACAAAAUAUUUACUCAAAAAAUCAGUUUAAUUGCACAUGAACGAAUGCAUACUGGUGAAAAACCUGAAGAACAAAUAAAUAAACACGAAUUAAACGAAUUAAAUACAGAACUGAUAAUUAAAAAUGAAAUAUGUGAUGUGAGUGAAAGUGAUUCAAUAAAAUAUGAAGAACCAUUCAAAGGUGAACACGAAGGAAUUAAAGAAGAAGGAAUACUUGAAGAAACUGAUAUUAAGAUGGAGAAUGAACAAAUUAUUUUAAAUGAACCAUUAUUAAAUACUGAAUUACUUAUUAAAGAUGAAACAUUUGAUGGAAAUGAUUUAGAAUUUCAUACGAUUAAAAAUGAAGAAACAUCUUUGAAGUAUAAAGUGUGUGAUAAAACUUUUAAAAGAAAACGUUUUUCAUGUAAAGUGUGUGAUAAAUUAUUUAAUAAAAAACGUGACUUAAUUCGACAUGAACGAACUCAUACUGGAGAAAAACCUUAUUCAUGUGAAGUGUGUGAUAAAACUUUUAAUAUAAGACAUCAUUUAACUAGACAUAAACGAACUCAACAUAAAAUAAUUCAUACUGGUGAAAAACCUUUUGCAUGUAAAGUGUGUGAUAAAACUUUUAAUAAAAGACAUCAUUUAACUAUACAUAAACGAACUCAUACUGGGGAAAAACCAUUUUCCUGUGAAUUUUGUGAUAAAUCAUUUAAUUAUAAAAACGUUUUAAUUGAACAUAAACGAAUUCAUACAGGUGAAAAACCGUUUUCAUGUGAAAUGUGUGAUAAAUCAUUUACUCAAAAAAACAGUUUAAUUUAUCAUGAACGAAUUCAUGCUGGUGAAAAACCGUUUUCAUGUGAAAUAUGUGAUAAAACAUUUAUGUUGAAAAGUAUUUUAAUUCAACAUACAAAAAGUCAUACUGGUGAAAAACCAUUUUCAUGUGAAAUGUGUGAUAAAAAAUUUACGGUGAAAAGUCAUUUAAUUCAACAUGAACGAAUGCAUUCUGGUGAAAAACCAUUUUCAUGUGAAUUAUGUGAUAAAACAUUUUCACAGAAAGGUAGUUUAAAUGUACAUAAACGAAUUCAUACAGUUGAAAAACCGUUUUCAUGUGAAUUAUGUGAUAAAACAUUUUCACAGAAAGGUAGUUUAAAUGUACAUAAACGAAUUCAUACAGGUGAAAACGUUUUUCAUGUGAAAUGUGUGACAAAAUAUUUACUCAAAAAAUCAGUUUAAUUGCACAUGAACAAAGUCAUACUGGUGAAAAACCGUUUUCAUGUGA